AUGGUUAACAGGAGGCUGACCUGGUUCCUUGAGACCAACAAUAUCCUGUGGAGUGAACAAGCAGGUUUUAGGCCACAAAGAUCAACAAAUGUAGCCACUUUUUCCCAACACAUCAAAGAUGCCCUUGAUGCGAGAAAUUUCUUACGGCUGUUUUCGUCGACUUCAAAUCAGCAUAUGACCGAUAGAGAAGCUAAUUCUAAAAUUGGCAAAGAUUGGUAUUUUCCACAGAUACUUGUCAAAAGCUGCACUCUUUUCAAUGUCUUCAUCAAUGACCUCAUCAUUGACAUAGCCGAAUUGGUACAGACAGUCACGGGCGUGGAGUGCUUACUUUAUGCAGAUGAUCUUGUUCUAGGGUAUUACAUGCUUACUUUAUGCAGUCAUCAAAUGAUCUGGUACUAUGGUAUUCCGGGCUUACUUUAUGCAGAUGAUCUUGUUCUAUGGUAUUCCGCCUACUUUAUGCAGAUGAUCUUGUUCUAUGGUAUUCCGCCCCUAUGA